UAAAAGAAAACAUUCCAAUGGCUCUAUCGUUGAUUUUUCAUGGUUUACUUGCUUUACAAACUGAAGUUUUAUUUUAUAAUUGCGUGUAAAUUUCCUAUUUUUCUUAAUUUAAAUAAGUUAUUCAAUGGCUUUUAUCUAUAACUAAAGCCUUGAAAGUGCAGUUUUGUGUGGAAAACGUAGCGAGAUUCGAAGUUAAAUUUUAAGCGUGGGAUCACUGAAGACAGCUGUACGUUGAAAAGUUAGUGGACCCGAAGAUAUGGAAGAACCACCUGCAAAAAAAGCGAAAGCUGCCGACCCUGUAUCAGAAAACAUAGAUAAUCUAAUAGAGAAUAUAAAGAAUUCUCCUAAUAAUCUACACGCUAUUUUAAAUUUAGAAAUACACGAUUCCAUACCAACAGAGAAAGUCUACGUUGGUCACAUAAAGAACUCGAAAGAUUUAUCAAUAACAAUAUUGACGUUAAACGAGAUAAUUCCCCUGAAACAACUUCAGCAUUUGAAAAGGGUACGUAAAAAAGAUGUAUUACUUUGUCCGACAAGUUAUCUAACUAACAACUCGUCUAUACAAGAAUUUCUCGAAGCCAAUGUGCCAUCCUUAAGACACGUCUUCGAAUACUUCAAAGAGAUAGAGGUGCCAGCGUUGCCGCCAAAAUUAAAAAGACAACACUUCGAAUUCAAUAAGGUUUGGUCAUGCAACUUCCAUCCGAACGAAUAUUUAGAGAAAAUGGCUGUCGACAAUUUUUUCAAUGAGGCCGAAUUGAAAAAUCAUAGAAUGUACAUGGCGAUAGCAUUUGACGUGGCAAAAUUCUAUUUGGAAAAAACGAACAAUGUCAAUUUAAUUAGUUCAUUAAAUCUUACAAACGUUACCGUCAUUGUGGAUCCUUCUAUUUCAUCGAUAGUGGAUAUCGCAUUCGAUAAUCGAGAGAAUCAUCCUCUUCAACAUUCGACUAUGCUGGCCAUAGACAAUGUUGCUAAAACGCAAAAUGGCGGCGCUUGGAAUGUAGACAACAAAAAUGGCAUAGACAAUAAAUUGUGGGGAAUAGACAAAGAAUUGCUCGAUGAUUUGCAGCAGAAACACGACGUUUGUAUCGGAGCGAGACAGGUUAGAGGUAAAAAUGAAUCGUGUGAUGACGGCGGGCCUUACCUAUGUACUGGUUACUAUGUCUACACGAUCAGAGAGCCGUGCAUUAUGUGCUCUAUGGCGCUAGUUCACGCUAGAGCGAAAAGAGUUUUCUUCUGUUUCGAGAACACGUCAUUUGGAGCUCUAAAGUGCAAAACACAGUUGCAGAAUGUACCAUUUUUAAAUCACCGAUUCGAAGUUUUCACUGGGUUUUUAUAGUGUCAAUAGAUAUUGGAGAAUUAGCAAAUACUUUUUUUAAUGGUAACCCUGCAUAGAUUGGAGGAAAGAGAGAAGUUGAAGUCUAAUGUUUUGUCUCAUUAUUUCAUAGUAAAUUCUUCAUGUGAUCUUCUCUCAGGUUAUGGAAUGAGCUCCCUGCCGAGGUUUUCCCAAGAGACUACAGCAUGGGGUUCUUCAAAACAGGGGUAAAGAGGUUUCUUCAGGGUCGGCAACGCGCGCGUAAUACCUCUGGUAUUGCAGGCGUUCAUAGGCUACGGUAACCGCUUACCAUCAGGUGGGCCACAUGCUUGUUUGCCACCUCAGUGGUAUAAAAAAAAGUGAAAGAAAGUGACAGAAUACUAAUUAUUUGCACAAGUGACUCCCUCUGGUUUUGCGUAGUGGAAAAUUGGACAAUUGACAGCUAAAACAGUAUCAAAAUCUGUCGCAUGGUUUAGAAGUAAGCGGGUAAACAGACACAUGUUGACUGCGACUUUGUUUUAUUUAGAGAUUAGGCUUCUUUUAUGAAUAAUAUAAUUUUUUUUAUACUACUAUGAUGGCAAACAAGCAUACGGCCCGUCUGAUGGUAAAUAGUAGGAGUGGGUAAUUUUUUUUUAUACAACUUAGAAUGGCAAACAAGCUGACGGCCCACCUGAUGGAAAGUGGUAACCGUCGCCUAUAGACAUGAGCAGUACCGUGGACAUAACAGAGUAUACUGUUUCGCCCAUGAUACUCCACAUGCGUUGCCAUUCCUGAGGACUUAGGUGUUAUUCCUCUGUACCCUGUAAAUUCACGCCAUAUCCCACCCUUCAAACCGAAACACAGCCAUGCAAACACAACUGCUUUACGGUUGAAACACGAAUGGGACAGUGUUACCCACCCCUACCACCUGUUAGCCUAGGACCGUCGAUAAUUCUCAUAGCACGUCUAUACACCAAUUAUUAUUGUAUUAAAGAGAAAUACAUUUCUGUAAAAUUAUGCUAUAUUUAAGUGAUGUUUGUGCAUCGAUCAUAUAUAUAAUAUGGAACAUU